UUUUUUUCUUCUUAUUAUUUGGUUUGUAAUCGUGGUUGAGUUUUUAGGCUCGUGAGUGGGAGUUGAGGGUCGUUUUCGCAGUUUCUUGUGCAGUUUCUUUGGUGCUUUGCUUGAGCUUUUUCUUUUCUUUCGUGGUGGGCGACAGCCUGUUCCCGGAUUUUCGUGAAUUUCGUGGGAGCGAGACUACAGAGGAUUACGUUGUGAUAAGUAUGCGUUGUGUGGGAAAUUGAAGUUGUACUGACGUGGAGGUUUUAGCUGAUCACCAGGAGUGCAAAUUUUGGAACGAGGACAGAGAAGGAGUAAGGUUGAAGGCUGAUUCAUCGCACGAUGGGUAGUAGGGCUGGAUCAGAAGGAGGAGGAGCGGCAGAUGCUGCGAAGCGCUCAUUGAAUUCGCCGAAAAGUGCUCGCUCGGCUGCAAACACAGUCCCCUCCUCCACCGCGCAGAAGAAGUCUUCUCAAAGCAAUGGCCCAACUCUUCGUCGCAAGCUAUCCAGAUUUGGGCCUGCUGGAGAGAGGACAGUGAAGCGUUUGAGGCUUUCCAAGGCUCUUACCAUUCCUGAAGGCACUACUGUGGCCGAUGCUUGUCGUCGAAUGGCCACCCGACGGGUGGAUGCUGCUUUACUCACCGAUUCUAGUGCGCUCCUUUGUGGAAUUAUCACGGACAAGCGUGGAGUUGCAGGAUGUGGCAACUAGAGUCAUUGCUGAUGGACUGAAGCCUGAAGAGACAUUAGUGUCGAAGGUUAUGACAAGGAAUCCUAUUUUUGUAAUGGGUGAUACUCUAGCCGUUGAAGCUCUGCAGAAGAUGGUACAAGGCAAGUUCAGGCAUUUACCUGUAGUGGAGGGAGGAGAAGUGGUAGCACUAUUAGACAUAACAAAGUGUCUCUACGAUGCCAUCGCCCGUAUGGAGCGGGCUGCGGAGAAGGGUAACGCUAUCGCAGCUGCUGUGGAGUCUGUUGAGCGUGAGUGGAGCGUCAAAGGCUCCGAUAAAUCCAGUUUUAUAGAGAACCUGCGGGAUCGCAUGUUCAGACCUACUCUGGGAUCUAUAAUUACGGAAGGAACAAAAGUGCCCACGUGUUCACCAUCGGAGACAGUCACUGAUGCAACAAAGAAAAUGAAGGAGCAACGGAUGAAUUCAGUUGUUAUUACUUCCUCAAGCAACAAACCGAUAGGAAUUCUCACCUCAAAGGAUGUAUUAAUGAGAGUCGUUGCUAAAGACCUUCAACCAGAAAAGACCACUUUGGAUAAGGUAAUGACACCUAAUCCAGAAUGCGCGAGUUUGGAUACGACUUUGGUGGAUGCACUGCAUACAAUGCACGAUGGGAAAUUCCUCCAUCUUCCUGUUAAAGAUCGUGAUGGGCUCUUGGUAGCCUGUGUGGAUGUAUUACAGCUCACACAUGGAGCUGUAGCAACUAUUGGAGGUGCUGGUGGUGGAGGCCAAGAUAAGGCAACAAAUAUGCUUCAGAAGUUUUGGGACUCUGCUUUGGCAUUAGAACCAGCUGAAGAUGAAUCGGACACUCGCAGUGAUAUUUCUGGACGACAAUAUGAUGUCUUUUCGGAAAGACAGUCCAGUUACCCAUCAUUUGGACCUAGCAACACUUUUGCUUUCAAACUGAAAGUAACUGCUCGUGAUGGAAAGAUAGGCCACUAUCGGUUUAAUUGCGGUUUUGAAAGUUUGACCGAGCUCAUGUCUGUGGUUCUGCAACGUGUUGGUGAUGAUAUUGAUCCAACUCAUCUUCCUCGACUUAUGUAUAUCGACGACGAAGGUGACAAAGUUUUACUCGCCACCAACUCUGAUCUUGUGGCUGCUGUUAAUUUUGCUCGAAUAAGUGGUUCGAAGGCCUUGUCUCUUCAUCUGGAAGAAUCUCAAGAACCUCGAAACAAUGCCAUUGCUGCAAACAAAGAUGUAGAGGGCUGGUCUACCAUGCAUUCCACUCUUAUCGCUUGCACACUAGCAGCUGUUGCGGUCGGUGCUGUCUUGUACCUCCGUCGUUUCAAUACUAGAGGUAGCUUUAUGUAAUAUGUGGAACAUCCAUGGAAAUUAAACAAGGUGUGUGGAUCCAAGUAUAAUGUAUUAGAUAGCAAGGUUAUCAGACACGGGUAUGUAGGUUAGAAGUAAGUUUUUUAGAGGGAGUGGAAACGAACUUUUGGUGAUUGAACUUUUACCUUCUAAGUACAAAUAAUCUGCGAAUGUCUCAAACUACUCACAAGUGGUAGUCUCGGCAAUGGUAAAUCGUAGAAGCAUAAUGCUCGUGCUUCAGUGUCAUGUCCUAA